AUGACAGACCGUCAGAAGUUUGAGGCUGUAAAGAUCCAGCUCGUGGAUGACCUAAACAUCGAUCUCGUACAAAGAGGCACCCCAGAAGAGCACAUCGACCGGAUUCUAAGAUGUCUAACAGCCAAUACAACCGGUGGAAAAUAUCUCCGCGGACUAUGCGUCAUAGAAACGGGGUUGCUGAUCCUCAAACGACCGCUGACCGACACCGAGUUCCACGAACUCAGCAUGCUAGGCUGGAUGGCAGAAAUCCUACACGCCUCCUUCCUCAUCUUAGACGAUAUCCUCGAUGGGUCUGACACCCGCCGCGGCCAGCCGUGCUGGUACAAGCGUGAGGGUAUCGGUCUGUCCGGCAGCCUCGACUCCGCCCUACUCAGGUCAUCCAUCUUCAUACUCCUGAAAAAACACUUCCUACGCCACCCAGCCUACUGCGACAUGCUCGAGCUACUCUCAGAGACUUGUUUCCAAACUGAUCUUGGUCAGAUCGUCGACACGGCUGCCGGAAACGGCCACAUCGCCCUUGACGCUAUGAAUAAUGAGCUGCUGUCUUUUGUCGCGGCGCACAAGACUUCCGCUUACACGUUUUGUCUGCCCGCUUUGCUGGCCUUACACUAUCUAAGUCGCGCCAGUACUAGGAACCUCGCGCAGGCGCAAAGUCUUCUUAUGUGCAUUGGGAGCUACUACCAAGCUCAGGAUGAUUUUCUAGAUGUCUUUGGUGAUCCUGCAGUGACAGGUAAGGUGGGCACUGAUAUCCAGGAUAACAAGUGCACGUGGGUCCUGGUGCAGGCCAUGCAGUCAGCCAACCCUGCCCAGCGCGAGAUUCUGCGGACCUCAUAUGGUCGUAAGAGUGCGACGGACGAGGUUCGGGUGAGGCAGGUUUUUGCGGAGUUGGAAAUCAAAGGACGGUACCUUCAAUUUGAGGACGGGACGUUGCGCGAGAUUCAGGAGCAGAUUGACACUUUGGACGAGAGCGAAGGGUUGAGAAAGAAUAUUUUUACUGUCUUGCUUGGUAAAAUAUCUCGGCGCAAUGCUUGA